GAAUCUUGGAUUCGCUCGUUCGGUUGCUGGUUGGCGCAUCGACCGCCCAUUCACAUGCUCGCGUCGACUGCCUGCGGCCUCUUCCUCGAGCUCGCCCUCGCCGGCCUCUACGUGGCCGCGCCGACGCUCACAGGGCGCAGCGAGGUGCUGGCCCACGACUGGGCCAACGCGCUCGACUUCAAGCAGAGCCUCGCCAGCGUCGUCGUCCUCGCCGUCUUGCGCACGAUCCUCUUCGUCUACGUUGUCUACGUCACGCGCAAGUCGCUGUACCGCUCGACGCGCCUCUUUGUCUUCCUCGUCGUCUGCGCCCAGCUCUGCGUCCUCGCGCUCCUCAGCGUCCUCGUCGAGAUCUUUGUCAACGACAGCAUGAGCUUUCGCGUGUACCAUCAAGACGCGUGGCACUCGACGUACUGGUGGACGGUCGUCGUGCUCUCGCUCGUCGCUACGAGCUUUGAAGUGCUGUGCGUCAUUGGCCGCAACCGCGACCGCGAGCGGCGCGGCAACGCCGAGGAGGAGAAGAUCGAGGCGCUCCUGCGCGAGAAGGCCGGCUUGCCAAAGCUCUCCCACUCGCACUCGAUGCUCGAGAAGGGCAUCCUCACGCUGCGCAAGAAGAUUGAGCUCGACAACUGGCAGGCCAAGUGGACGUCGCUCAUGGCCAAGUUUCGUUUCCGGACGGACCCGACCUUUGACGCAAUCCUGCGUGUGUACGCACACAAGGACGACGCAGCCGCUCGCCUCGAAGCCGUUGCCGACGAAGAUCCAAAAGACUUUGAGUUUUACAUUCCGCAGCUGUGCAGCUUCCUCCUCCUCGGCGCCUUCCAGCAAGCGACCGACGGCGACAUUAGCCUCAUCCUCCUCGACAAGUGCAACAAGUCGCACGUGUUUGCACAAAAGAUGCGCUGGUACCUCGAGUCCUUCUGCGUUGGCAGCCCCGCGUACGCGACGCCCGAGAAGCGCCUGCGCGUGCAGAUGCUCAUCGACGAGAUCUCGGUGCGUGGCCUCGAGCCCUCGGAGCGGCUUCUUCGGGGCGAGACGACCGAGGACGAAGCGCUUCUCGUGCACUCGGCAGACGAGACGCACUACCAGACGUUCCCGUCACUCUCGCCGCGGGCCUAUUUAUCCUCGAUGGAGGCCGGCGACUAUGCGGCGACGCAGACCAACCCGUUCGAGCUCAACGCGAUGUUCAUCAACCGCCUUGCCGGGCUCUCGUCGAGCCUCCGAGCGAUUCCUCGCGUCUUCCGCAACGAGCAGCUCCGCGAGUGGCUCUCGGAGCUGCAGUCGCUCUACCUUCCGAGCCUCUCGCUCUUUGUGCCCGUGGGCAACCCUUUCCACCGCAUCAAGCGCAUUCAUAUCUCGGAGAGCUUUACCUUUAGCACGCGGGAACGCGUGCCGUACCUGCUCUGCCUCGAAGUCGUCGACUACUUUUCGUAUGCGACCAAGCCCGUCGACCGCUUUGCGCAGUUCAAACACCGCUUCCGCCUCUCGAUCGGCGGCGCCGCGAGCAAGCCACCGACGCCGUGCGACAUGAACAACAAGUCGCAGGACCCGGGCAAGCUCGGCUUUUGGAGCGAGGCGGCCGUGCCCGAGACAACGCUCUUGGACGGACUCCUCGAUACGCUCAAGCCCAAGCCGCCGACGCCGCUGCCCAAGACGCGCCCGGCGUCGUCGCGCUCGGUGAGCGCGCACUUAGAGCCGUUGCACCCAGUGUCACCGCAGCGCACGUCGAGCUACGACUACCCGUACCCGCCGCAGUUUUCGCCGCGGGCCACGUCGCGCCCGGCGCCGAUCCAAGUGCCGAUCGUUGUCAUGGACGCAGACGUGACGUCGCCGACCAAGGAUUGUCUGUCGCCCGAGCAUGCCAACACGCGGCUGCGGCGCGUCGACAGCACCGACCGGUACUUGGCGACCUCGCGCUUUGAAGACGACCAGCUGCUGCUGGCGGACAAGCCAGCGACGUACUCGCUACCGCCGCACUCGAAUGGCGAGCUGCCGUGCGUCAUCUUCAAGGAGCGCUGGGAAGAGAAGGAGGCCCGGCUUCGCGCGCUCUCGCCGUGGGGGCACCUCCCGUCGUGGCGGCUCCUGCCCGUGAUCGUCAAGGCCAACGACGAUUUACGCCAAGAGCAAUUCGCGUCGCAGCUCAUUCGGCAGUUCCACCAAGUGUUCCAGGAAGCCAAGUUGCCCGUCUUUUUGCGGCCGUACGAUGUGCUCGCGACGUCCUCCACCUCGGGGCUCGUCGAGGCGAUCGCUGACACGAUUUCGCUCGACUCGCUCAAGCGCAACCACCCGAACUUUGUGUCGCUCUCAGAUUUCUUCGAGACGCGGUUUGGCGACGUGACGACGUCGUCGGGCCAGGCCGCGCAAAAGGCGUUUGUCGAGUCGGUCGCGGCCUACUCGAUUGUGUGCUAUUUGCUGCAGAUCAAGGACCGGCACAACGGCAACAUCCUCCUGGACGCCGAGGGCCACCUCAUCCACAUCGACUUUGGCUUUAUGCUCGGCAACAACCCGGGACAAGUCCACUUUGAGUCGGCGCCCUUCAAGCUCACGGGGGAUUUCGUCGAACUCAUGGGCGGCCCGCGCUCGGCAGCGUUCCGCCGGUUCCGGUCGCUCUGCGUGCGGUCGUUCUUGGUCGCGCGCAAGUACCGGUACCGCAUCACGCUCCUUGCCGAGAUGAUGAUUGCGGGCAACGAGGACCUCCCGUGCUUUGCCGGCGACCCGCGGGGCACGAUUGACGCGCUCGCCGAGCGCUUCCGGCCCGAGCUCAGCGUCAGCGAGUGCGAAGACUUUGUGCACCAGCUCAUCGACACGUCGCUCGACAACUGGCGCACGCGCUGGUACGACAAGUACCAGCGCUGGUUCGUCGGCGUCUUUUAG